AUGGACGAAGGACACAAAUACACUUAUAUGGCGUGCGGUGCCGUCGCAGCAACAGACACCUUCUUCAUGACCCCGAAAGUCCUGCAGUUAACGAAACCCGUCACAGAGACAUUGACAGCUGAGACAUCGGGGCCCUCGAGCAGCACGACAGACGAAACCACCCCGUCGGAAACUCUCUCUGAGACAGCAACUGAGGCCUCUGACGACAAUGGCUCUCGCCGCAGUAGUAACGUGGGCGCAAUAGUUGGCGGUGUUGUCGGAGGCCUGGCUGUGGUCUGCGGAACGGCGAUUGCUGCUCUGCACUUGCUACGGAAGAACAAUGAGCACAAGCCCGAAAGUGAGAAGGGUACUGCUGAAGCUGCAGUGCCAACACCGCCCAUUGAUGGACCCAAAGAGUUGGCUGGAUCGAAUCCCUCCGAGCUGCAAGGAACUGCUAUUCCUACUCCUCAGAUCCAUCCAUUUGAGCUAUCAUGA